AUGUCACGGCUGCAUCCGGCUUUGUUUAUAUCACGUUUAUAUGCUGUGCAGAAAAACAUUUCCUUCAAAGCCGUUGAAGAGUUGGUUCCGGUGCUAAAAAAAACGUGUCCUGAUUCUAAAAUAGUUGCUGGCCUUAAGCUGCACCGAACAAAAGUUUCACGGAUUAUGGUGGCUGUCACUGGCGCAUCGCAAAAAGAGCGUUUAAUUGCGAUAAUGCGAGCCUGCUGUUUCAGCAUAAUUGUAGAUGAGUCUACUGAUGCGGCGACAGAAAAGGUUCUGUGCAUAGUUGUACGAUACUACGACACUGAGAACGAAUGCACGCGCGACGCGUUAUACGAUCUGAUCCACAUCGAGAAGGGCGAUGCGCAAACGCUGUACAAAGCAGUUGUGGGCAGCUUCACCAAGGACAACAUUCCCUACAAGCGGAAUCUUCAAGGGCUAGCCACAGACAACGCGAAAGUCAUGACCGGAGAUCAUAAGUCUUUGUAUGCGUACCUGAAAAGAGAUGUUCCACACCUAGUUUUGGUUCGGUGUGUGUGCCAUUCGAUGGCUUUAUGUGCCUCGUACGCGUCGAAGCAGCUCCCCAGCUACCUAGAACAGCUGUUGAAAGAUAUCUACGGGUAUCUUUCUGCAAGCCCCGCUCGUCUUGAUCAGUACGACAAGAUCCAAACGCUUCUGGAGUAUAAUCCCACCAGAAUUCCGAGAAUGCACGACGUCCGCUUUCUGUCUCGCGGACAGGUGGUCAAGGCCGUGUUAAGUCGUUUUGAUGCCUUGCAAAUUUACUUUGGAUUCGCCUCAAACGUAGACCAGAUUUCGAACGCUGGCAAGAUUCACGCAGGGUUGCAAGACAACAUUACUAAGCUGUAUCUGGAGUUCUUAAAUUUUGUUCUUCCUCUCGUUGAUGGAAUCAAUUUGUUAUUCCAGUCGGAGCAACCGGAAGUGAUCACAAUGAUGAGCACGUUGAAGAGUAAGAUCACCCAAAUCCUGGGAUACUUUGUGAUUCCGGAGGUGUUGCGGGAAGUCGAUUUGCGGGACAUAAAAUUGGACGAAGAAAAUUUGAAAUCCCCUGCCGACGUGUACCUGGGAGUUAAAGUCGCUAACCUCAUCAACUCAGACACACACUACGACGAACGCAAAUUGAAGGACUUUCACAUGCAUUGCGCGCUGUUCUACAGAGAGUUGGCUGCCCAAAUGAUCCAAAGAUUUCAGUUUAACACAAACAUUUUUGAAGAUCUUGAAAUUCUGGAGCCGCUCAACGUUAUGACCCGUAAACACAACAGCAUUGCUCCGUUGAUCAAUCACUUCCAACAUCUUUUCCCCGAGGACGAUUGGCAGCGUUUGGACAAUGAAUUCAACGAGGUAAUGUCUUUGGACUUCGCUGCCUAUGGUUUGGAAGGUGAAACUAACGCAGAUCGGUUUUGGAGAAAAAUAAUUACUUUAAAACAACUCGAUGGCGAAUUCAAGUUCGCUGGGUUAAGAUCCCUUCUUCAAGCCGUAUUUGCACUUCCACACUCGUCGGCGGCUGCCGAACGGAUUUUUUCCGCGCAGAAUCUGAACAAAACCAAGUUGCGCAGUAGGCUGAAAAAUGCCACUCUCGUCGGGAUCCUCAGAACAAAAGAUUGGCUUAAAGCUUACGGAAACGCCAGCGUGGUCCACAUUCCCAGAUCAAUGCGGGAGAGAAUGAAUAAAUACAUGUACGAAACCAACAAGAGCGAGGAGGAAGAGGAAAGUGAAGAAACUCUUUACGAGAUUCUUAAAAUAGUUGAUUCGUGAGGUAAUUUCGGUUCGGUAUCGAUCUGGAAGCAUAAGAAGACUUGAGAAAUGAAUAAACUGAAGACUUGAGAAGAAAUAAACUGUUGAAAUGAUCAAUAAUCGUUUAUUUGGUAAAUUUUAGUUUUUUUUUGUUCAUUCCUUUGUUUUCUAGUCAUUGUGGCACCAAGAGAAGCACUUACACUAAUGCAAACCAAGAUAGCGGUUACCUAGGACAUGAUACACUGCUUUUGUACAACAUAACGUAGUCAACUCAAUCGGAAUUCUGAAACGGAAUUCAUUUCGAAUCGUUUACGUAUUCCGUCUCAAACGCAACAAUCGAUUCCGUGUACGUACCGACUGUUGCGUUUGAAACGGAAUACCUAAACGAUUCGAAUUGAAUUCCGUUUUAGAUUUCAGAUUAAGUUGACUGGAAGUCUUGAGAAAGAACUUCAUUCAAUCACAUACAGAUGGCGUCAUCAUCAUCUGCAUCUACGGAUUUGACUCUGAGCAUAUCUGG